UUGCACUGGCUGAGGAGCAGCUGGGUCUUGGGGCGGGGGGGCUCACCCUCACGUCCCGUGUUAUUACACAGCAAUAUUUGGGGUGGCGCGCCAAAUGUUUUGCUAGUCGGAGGCUUCUGUACAGAGAUGGCAAAGGGGGAACCGUAGCGGACCGUUUCGGGGCCUGCGCGACGGGGGCAUUUCACCGACAACCGUAACGGAGACGCAGACGGUGGAGAAGGAGCGGCGCAGCAGACGAGAGGAACCAUGGGACACGGAGUGGGCUGAACCAGAAGGCCUAGCAGCACACACCAAUUGUUUGCUACUGUGGUGUAUGACAUGGCCACGGCCUCGUCGAGAGCAGAGACUAGCCAUAACCACAGAGGAACGUCAAAGCUCCAUGCCAUUGUUUCCUGUGCCAAACUCAAGAGGAAGAAGAGCCUGUUUGGGACUGCCAUUUAUGUGGAGGUGACAGCGGAAGGAGAGUCGCGACGCACGGCGAAAUCUCACAGCUCCUCCAAUCCUAAAUGGGACGAGAGGCUCACCUUGAAUGUAACGCCACACACGCAGGUGGAUUUCAAGGUAUGGAGUCACCACACCCUGAAAGCAGACGCCCUGCUGGGCAGAGCCACGCUGGACCUUGUUCAAGCGCUGGAGCAGCACGACAGAAAGUUGGAGAAUGUGAAGGAGGUGCUGAAGCUGAGCGUGGAGCAGAAGGGAGCGCCGGUGCCUACGGGGGAGCUGACGGUGUAUCUCGAUGGACUGACUGUCUCUGACCAGGAGGAUUUGGCCCCGCUGACCAACGGCAAUGCAGCUAAUGGCACCAAAGUCCAGCAGAACGGUGAUGCGAUCCAUGAAAACGGAGAUUCAUCUUCCUCUUCCUCAAGGGCUGCCAACAGCACGGUGAAUGGCACGGACCUGGGCCCCAGAUCGGGUUCUUGUUCAGCCUCCAGCGGCGCAGACGGGCAGGUGCCUUCCAGCUCCUGCAGCCCCGCUCUGGGUCACGUCGUGAACGGAGACAGCACCCCCAACUCCACCCCAGUGCACCAGCCGUCUGACAGCGAUACAGAGAGCAGAAUAGUCAAUGGGGAGUCCGGCGAUGCUACCGACCAGACGUCUUCAAGAAGAGAUGCACUGCCCUCUGCAGUUACCCAUGAGGACUGCACUCAAGCCGAUGAGCCGCCGGACCCCGACACGGCACCCAACAGCACAUCUCAGCCUCCACCGACCUCCACCCCCUCUCCAGCUGCUAAACCUGCUGAGAGCUCCACCGCCGCCGCUGCUGCUGCUUCUGCUGCCACUGCUGCUACCGCCGCUGCUGCUGCUUCCUCCACCUUCUCCUCUCCGACCCAGGCGGCCCCCGCCACCAACGCCACACCCUCAUUAUCGUCCACUUCCUCCCCGGCGCCGGGAGAAGGCAGCGCCCCAGGAGCUGGAGGUGGAAGCAGCAGCAGCGCAGCUGCGUCUACAGAUGGAGCCAAGCCCAGACAGCAGGCUCCUAACGCUGGGACCUCAGACCCUCUACCGCCGGGGUGGGAGCAAAGAAAAGAUCCUCAUGGGAGAACGUACUAUGUAGACCACAACACCAGGACUACCACAUGGGAAAGACCACAGCCACUACCGCCAGGUUGGGAACGUCGAGUGGACGACCGGGGCCGCAUCUAUUAUGUGGACCACAACACCCGCACGACCACGUGGCAGCGUCCCACCAUGGAGUCAGUGCGCAACUUCGAGCAGUGGCAGAGCCAGCGCAGCCAGCUGCAGGGAGCUAUGCACCAGUUCAACCAGAGAUACCUCUACUCUGCAUCCAUGAUGUCUGCUGAGAAUGAUCCUCUCGGCCCGCUACCUCCUGGCUGGGAGAGGCGCGUGGACUCGAACGACAGAGUGUAUUUUGUCAACCAUAACACCAAGACAACGCAGUGGGAAGACCCCCGAACCCAAGGGCUACAGAACGAGGAUCCUCUGCCUGAAGGCUGGGAGAUCCGCUACACCCGAGAGGGCGUCCGUUACUUCGUGGAUCACAACACGCGGACCACCACUUUCAGCGACCCCCGCACCGGGAAGUCCUCUGUCACCAAAGGCCCACAGAUCGCGUAUGAACGCAGCUUCAGAUGGAAGCUCGCCCAUUUCCGCUACUUGUGCCAGUCCAACGCGCUCCCCAGCCACGUCAAGAUCACCGUCUCCAGACAGACGCUGUUUGAAGACUCUUUUCAGCAGAUCAUGGCCCUGAAGCCUUACGACUUGAGGAGGAGACUGUACGUCAUCUUCAGAGGCGAGGAAGGUCUAGACUACGGUGGUUUAGCCAGAGAGUGGUUCUUCUUGUUGUCCCAUGAAGUGCUGAACCCCAUGUACUGCCUGUUCGAGUACGCCGGCAAGAGCAACUACUGUCUGCAGAUCAACCCGGCGUCCGCCAUCAACCCCGACCACCUCUCCUACUUCUGCUUCAUCGGCCGCUUCAUCGCAAUGGCGCUUUUCCACGGGAAGUUCAUCGACACGGGCUUCUCUCUGCCUUUCUACAAACGCAUGCUGAACAAGAAGCUGAUCCUCAAAGACCUGGAGUCCAUCGACCCCGAGUUCUACAACUCACUCAUCUGGAUCAGGGACAACAACAUCGAGGAAUGUGGCCUGGAGAUGUACUUCUCAGUAGACAUGGAGAUCCUGGGCAAGAUCACGUCUCACGACCUCAAAGCCGACGGCGCCGACGUCCUGGUCACCGAGGAGAACAAGGAGGAGUACAUCAGCCUGAUGGCCGAGUGGAGGUUCUCCCGCGGGGUGGAGGGUCAGACCAAAGCCUUCCUGGACGGCUUCAACGAGGUGGUCCCCCUUCAGUGGCUGCAGUACUUCGACGAAAAGGAGCUGGAGGUGAUGCUGUGCGGCAUGCAGGAGGUGGACCUGCAGGACUGGCAGAGGAACACGGUGUACCGCCACUACACCAGGAACAGCAAGCAGAUCAUCUGGUUCUGGCAGCUGGUGAAAGAAGUGGACAACGAAGUGCGGCUGCGGCUCAUGCAGUUCGUCACUGGAACCUGCAGGCUUCCUCUGGGCGGCUUCGCUGAACUCAUGGGAAGUAAUGGACCCCAGAAGUUCUGCAUCGAGAAGGUUGGGAAGGACACGUGGCUUCCCCGCAGCCACACCUGUUUCAAUCGCUUGGAUUUGCCUCCGUACAAAAGCUUCGAGCAGCUGAAAGAGAAGCUGCUCUUCGCCAUCGAGGAAACCGAAGGAUUUGGCCAAGAAUAAAGGAGAGGAAUCCUCUGGAAUCGCCCGCCCCCCCCCGUCAGCGCUGUUUAUUCAGCCAAGAAAAACAAACUUAAGUUAAAAAAGAAAAAAAAUUGCACAAGAUAACCACCAAUGUAUAUAAGCUAUUUUGUCAUUUUAAACCAAAUCCUCAUUUGCAGCAUUGAUUUUGCCGCAAUUCUGUCCCCAAGCCCACAUAUAUAAAUAUAUAUUCUAUAAACCCCUCCCCCUUCAUGAAAUAUGCAAACAUUUCAGCAAUUUGCUCCUCUGUUUUAAAGCAGAAGUCGUUAUUUUUCUUAUGCCCUCCCCUCUGCAGGCUGGCUUUUUAAAGACACUGCUCGUGUUUCUGAGAAGGUUUUAUAGUAGAAGUGUGAGCUGCUUUUAAAGCUCUAGUUCUAUAGAGUUUUUAAAAGAACAGAGGAGAGGUUUUUUUUUUUUUUUGGGUGGGGGGGGCUCUGGUGCCUGAUAUAGUUCCCCCUCCUGUCCCCCUGUCAGUUUCUUGUUUGCAACUUGCUUGCAUGCUGCCUAUGAAGACUGCUCGACCUCAUCGGACCGCCGCCCGCUCACGUUUCAGCAUGUCUGGCUCCGUCUGCAGGAGCUUCAACUGGGACUGAUCCAAAGCACAGAAGAAGAAAUAAUAAAACCCACAUCCCCCUUUUCUUAAAGAUUGUAAGAAUCAACCAGGAACAGUGGGCUCAACAGUUUUGUAAAAGACUCUGGAGACGAGCGACUAUAUCAACAGCUGAGAUUCAAGAUGUUAUCAUGGACGGAAACCGUGUGAGUUUACGUGGUGACGGGUUCACGGUGGCACACUGUGAAGCAACGAGCGGGAGAAGGGCUGCAGCUUUACACGUUAACGUGAAAAAAAAAAGAAAAGAUUGUGCAGCUACGUUCGUCUCGCCUCGGCUGAAUUUCUUUUGCCUCUUUGGAUUUGUCUCUUAACGUCCAGUCUUAUGAAGCCACUGUGGUUCACAGGGAGGCUUACAGCUCUCUCUCUCUCUCACACACACACACACUCAUCUCGCAUCACCAAACGAUAAAGGAGAUUAAGACGGUGAAUGUUGUCUCAUUAGUCGGAUCCAGUGGAUGCUGAGGAGGAGUUCUGUCCACACAGCGACUCGGCACCAUCUAGUGGCUCGAAGCGGUGUUGCAUGAUUAUAUAUCUUCUACCAGUGAUUGUUUCAGACAGGACUAAAGUGGCCUGGUGGCUUUUUAAAGACAAGCAGCUCCAGCUUCCUCCUCCUCCUCCUCUCAGACCAGACCGCUCCAGAUGGCCUUACAUUUACAGAAUCAGUGCAGUUCAGGCGACAGCCCCAUCAGGAAGCGCUUCGCCACAUCUCCCCUCUUCAUUUUAAUGUUUUCAGCGUCACGUCUCUCUCCUUUUGUUUCUAAUCUACAACUCUGGUGCUUCUUCUUUCAGCCAGUGGCCUGAAUGCAGGAGGAAACAAAAAGCUGUCGUGCGUGUUCAUUUGUGUGUGUUUAGACCACUGCGGACAGCAGCAAGCUGUUUGACUCUUCUUCUCAGAGGUGAUGAGUGGAGUUCAGCGGCGGUGUGUGAGAGGAAACCUCCGACCGUAGCAAAAGCAUAACUCUGUGCUUCCUUUCCAACACAAACAUUUAAUCAAAGAGAAUCAAACUGUGUAUGUGUGAAUAUUCAUUGUAUAAAGAUAACGACAGUAAGAUGAAGUACCUAAAAUGUUCUAAUGGACUCCACAGAGCCGCCGCUCCACUGAUGGAAAUCUGUGAUGCCUUUUUUUGCUCCCUUCAGAAACAGACGGGACGCUUCAGGUGGUGACGGACAGUAACCAGAGUUAUCGAUCCUGUGAUGCUUCAUAUCAAUGGGAGACAUUGGGGGGGGGUUACUGCGCUUCGUCCAUGUGAGACGCAUCCAAACUGUAACAUAUCGCGUGUAGAUGCACACUGUAAACACCAACUACACUGUACAGAAUGCCCCUUUACUGGAGACGAUGUGUAUAGAAGAUUCAUUUUUAAUCUGCUUUCACCCAUUUUAAAUGGAGAGAGAAAGAUGGAUUUAUGAGAUAUGAAUAAGUGAAUAAAAGACCCUCACUGGC